AUAGUGAUGCUUUUGUGUUGUGAGAUCCUCUCCAGUAUUUCUCCUUGGUCCACAUCCAGAUCAUCCAUCAUGUCUUUUAGCACGAAAUCCUACGGCCAGAAAACGCUGAGCGUCUACGGUGGAGCCGGCGGCCGCGGCACCCGAAUCUCCUCCACCCAGUCAUGCUACGCCGCCGCUCCUGGCUUCAACCUGGCCGAUGGCCUGGACCUCCACGUCGGCGCCAAUGAGAAGACCACCAUGCAGAACCUGAACGACCGCCUGGCUUCUUACCUGGAGAAGGUGCGCAGCCUGGAGAAGGAGAAUCAGCGCCUGGACAAGCAGAUCAGAGACUGGUACCAGAGCAGAACGGUCAUCAGCCGCGACUACUCCAGUUACUUUGCCAUCAUUGAUGACCUGAAGGAUAAGAUCUGUGUCGCUGCCAGGCUGAAUGCCAGGACAAUUCUGGAUAUUGACAACGCAAAAUUGGCUGCUGAUGACUUCAAAAUGAAGUAUGAGAAUGAGCUGGCCAUGAAAAUGACCGUGGAGGCCGACAUCGCUGGGCUGAAGAAGAUGCUGGAAGAGAUUAACUUGUCCAGAGUGGAUCUGGAGUACCUGAUGGACAGUCUGAAGGAUGAGCUAAUCAUGCUAAAGAAGAACCACGAAGAGGAAUUGGCUCUGCUCAGGAGUCAGAUGGGCGGUCAAGUUAAUGUGGCAGUGGACGCGUCGCCGUCUCCAGACCUGAACCAGAUUAUGACGGAGAUCAGAGAUCACUAUGAGACUAUGAUCGCCAAGAACCGCAGGGAGCUCGAGACCUGGUACCAGAACAAGAUCGCAGCAGUAGAGCAGGAAGUGAUGACACAGUCAGAGUCUCUGGUGACCUCCCACUCAGAAAUCAAUGACCUAAAGAGCACCCUCCAGAGGCUCCAGAUUGAACUGCAGUCCCAUCUCAGCAUGAAAGCAUCCCUGGAGGGCAGCCUGGAGGAGACACAGUGCCGCUACGCUGCACAGCUAGCAGGCCUCCAGAACAUGGUCGUGAGCUUAGAGGCUCAGCUUUCACAGAUCCAUGCCAACAUCACCAGCAAUAAGCACGAGUACGACAUGCUGUUGGACCUUAAAACUCGACUGGAGCUGGAGAUUGCAGAGUACAGACGGCUGCUGGAUGGAGAGAAUGGCAGGUGAGGAGGAGACUAAAUUUUAUUAUGUAAUGGAGUAAGAUGAGUAGUGACCACAGCAAUCACAUCAUCAGAAAUAAACAGAACUAAUCUGUUCUGCUUUUAUUCUUCUUCCCUAGCUCAAAGCAAGGUGAGUAUCCUUGAAGGCACGUUAACAUUUAAUAAGGUUGAAACACAAGGACUGCAUUUGCUCAUGUUUCUCUUCUUUCGGACAGUGAUCACCAAGACCAUCACGGUGAUGGAGACGGUCGUGGAUGGAAGGGUGGUUGAGAGCAGCAAGACUGUGGAUGUAGAUGUGGAUCAGAUUGAGUGAUACCUGGGAAGAGACUCUAACUCAGGAUGUCCUAAUCCGGUCCUCGAGUCCUCUAUCUUGCGUGUUUUAGAUUUUCCCCUCCUCCAACACACCUGAUACAAAUGAUCAGCUCAUGAGCAAGCUCAGCAGAAGCCUGAUAAAAUCAUUUCUACACGGUGUGUUGGAGGAGUGAAACAUCUAAAACAGGCAUGAUAGUGGCCCUUGAGGAUCAGAUUUAGACACCUCUAUGUCUAACCUAAUAAAGAUCGCGUGGUUAA